AUGUUGUUUUUCAUUCUAUACGCCACAGCAGUUUAUUCAUAUGACUGCAUUUAUUCUCAAAUUCAAGCACAAACAGAAGAGACGUUAUACACCUUGGAUGACACGUUAAAACAGCAAUUUAAAGCUGAAGGCGAAUGGACUCCUCUAAUUGUGAAGUUUGAUAUGGGAGCGUUAGAUGGAAUAUAUACAAGCAACCCAGCUGUAUGUUUAACAGAGGGUGGUGGAUGUUCGAAAGAGAAUGUUCUGACUACGGAAAAGAAGGACUACAUCAAAUCAAUGGUCGAGUCAGUACAAAACUAUUUGAACAAGUAUUUCCAGGUCCACCCCGGCACUAUCCAAAUCUUACAGGAUAACUACAAGAAGAGAGUUUCUUGUGGGGAAGUUUCUGAUAUUAAGGACCAAGUGGUCGACUCUGAUGUUGGAAUGAUUAUGUAUGUCACAUCGCACCCCGUCGAGUCACCCACUAUUUUAGCAUAUGCUGCAUCUUGUGGAUCUGCUGAUGAUUAUCUUGGUUUGAAUAAUGGUCGUAUGAAAAAGAGAAGUAUCUUUGGGUACACCAACAUCAACCCCGCUAACUUAGACACCACGCCGGGGAAGUUUAGAAUCAACGUGCACACAUUUUUACAUGAAACGUUACACGCACUCGGCUUCUCGUCGAGUACCGGAACACGCAAAGUAUCUAAAGGAAAAGGGGAAGAGACUGUCAGUGUUAUCGACACCCCAAAUGUCCUUCGAGUAGCUAAAGACUACUUUAACGACCAAACAAUUGAAUACGUCGAGUUUGAAGAUGGAGGAGGAAGUGGAACUGCUGGAGCUCAUUGGGAGAAGCGAGUCUUAUACAAUGAAAUCAUGACUGGAACGUCGUCGAUGUAUUCUUCGCUCUCCAACUUCACGCUUGCCUACUUUGAGGAUUUGGGGACUUUUAAACCAAAUUAUUCAGUUGCAGAGCCACUGACGUGGGGAAAAGGAAUGAAAAAGGACUUUUUUAAGUGCAGCAAUUGGCCGGAAAAGGCGCCGUAUUACGGGAAGAACCAGAACAGAGGAUGUACCCCAGACAGAGGUGCUGUUGGGAUAUGUGAUGCUACGACACACACAAGUCCUGGGUUGGAUCCGAUAUAUCAGAACUAUGGAGACCCUAAUAGAGGUGGAAUGGUAGAGUUGAUGGACUAUUGUAUUCACACUACUUUAGUGAGUGGAGGACAGUGUUAUGCUCAAGACAUGUUGAGUCUUGAGACAGUCUCAUCUUUGUCAUUCUUAGAUAGAGGAAGUUCAUUUGGGCAAGACGCUCGGUGCUUCACAACAUCAUUAAUGAAGUACUCAGUACCCAUUCCCGAUUUUUCGUGUUAUCGAGUGAAGUGUGUAGAGAGGGGGUAUAGAGUUCGUGUGAAUAAUAAUUGGAUGUUAUGUUCGGGAGAAGAAGAGUUGAGUGUCGCUGGAUAUGCUGGUAAAAUAACAUGUGUGAAUAAAGACGAAUUUUGUAAUGGGGAGGUCGAAGAGUGGCCCGACAUAUGGAAAUUGACACCUGCAAAAGUGAAGUCGGGGAAUGAAGUUAGUUUGAUAGGGAAAUACUUGAAGGAUGUGUAUAAAGUAUAUGUGUCAUCAACUGAACAAACAAUCAUAAGUACUACAGACCAAGAACUUGUAUUCAAAUUGGAAUUCACUGACGCUGUCGUCAAUAUCAUCGAGUUACUCCAAAACGGGUAUGUCACUGUAGAAGUUAAAGUUGUGAGUGGUGAAGAUGUGAAUGCAGUCUACCAAGGAUUCCAAGUCGAAAUGGAUUUGAAAGAAGUGGCUAAUAACUUUGGGCAAUGGUUAUACAAAAACAUUUUCUUUACUGUGGGAAUCGUCAUCAUCUUCCUCUUUAUCGUCAAUUUGUUUAUCUACAUUAUUGCAAAGCGCAUCGUUUAUAGAAGAGCGAAGCAAAUCGCGAGAAACUUGAUCUAA